GGACAACAAAAAAACUUGCCGGGAAUAGCUAAAGCUAUCAAAGAAUUUAGAAAAAAAAUUUGAAAGUGCUUGACCAAUCCUGUUAUAGUUGGGUAGGCCGUGCCUCGCUUUUUGUCCAAUCACCUUCAGGCCCCGACUAUAAAUAAGCAGCCAGUCGCCUCCCCGCAGUUGAGGUGACUCUGCUCCUGCAGCGAUGGCUCGUACGAAGCAGACGGCGCGCAAGUCCACCGGCGGCAAGGCCCCGCGCAAGCAGCUGGCCACCAAGGCGGCCCGCAAGAGCGCGCCGGCUACCGGCGGCGUGAAGAAGCCGCACCGCUACCGGCCCGGCACGGUGGCGCUGCGCGAGAUCCGGCGCUACCAGAAGUCCACCGAGCUGCUGAUCCGCAAGCUGCCGUUCCAGCGGCUGGUGCGCGAGAUCGCGCAGGACUUCAAGACGGACCUGCGCUUCCAGAGCUCGGCGGUCAUGGCGCUGCAGGAGGCGAGCGAGGCGUACCUGGUGGGGCUGUUCGAGGACACCAACCUGUGCGCCAUCCACGCCAAGCGCGUCACCAUCAUGCCCAAGGACAUCCAGCUGGCGCGCCGCAUCCGCGGGGAGCGGGCCUGAACUCCGUGCCGUCCUUUGUCACCAAAGGCUCUUUUCAGAGCCACCCACAUGCACGCUGGAAAGCGCUGUAAUCUCUAGUCGUCUCCCUUUACUUGACUGGGUUAGUGAGUGCUUUUCUCAGUUCUGUUCCAAGUCGGGGUACGCAUUACUCUGUUCUUUAUCUAAGUAGUGUUUCACAAUGGCCUUCGCUUUUCAGGCAGAAUCAGAUGGGUAGUUUUACAUGGGUUUUCUUUCACUGUGGUAUUGUAGUACAAACAUGAAUUUUGUGCUGUGCUUCCUAUUUGCUCCUCUGCAAAACAGUGUUAAAAGACAAGCUACUGCUUUAUGCUGUUGUAGCUUCCAAUACCUGAAGUGGUUAAAGCAUUUGUUUCCUGUU